AUGGCAUCGUCUAAUAACAACGACGAAAUAUUUAAAGUGGGAAUACGAGUUCCGCCAUUUUGGCCGGAGGAACCCGAAAUAUGGUUUGCUCAGGAAGUGAAGGACAUUAUUAUUUCACCACCUCCGACGGAAAAGUAUGAAAAAUUGAAAACUGAACUUAUCAAACGUCUAAGUGCCUCACGCGAGAAGCAGGUAAAACAACUACUUAUGCAUGAGGAAUUGGGAGACCGUCGCCCGUCACAAUUUUUACGGCAUUUACAAAGCCUCGCCGGACCGAACGUGCCAGAGGACUUUCUCAAGACCAUAUGGACAAGUAGACUACCACGCAACGUACAGACAGUGAUAGCUGCUCAACCUACAGCGUCACUAGAGGUACUUUCUGAUUUGGCAGACCGUAUCCAGGAUAUUGCCCCUGCUACUCCGCAAGUGUCAGCUGCAUCAACAUGUGGAUCAUCUUUGGCCAACGAGAUAGCCGAACUCCGGAGGCAGAUGAAAGUGCUUAUGGAUCGUCAGUCUCGUCCCCGUUCCUGUCAGAGAAGUCGCAGCCGCUCAGAAACGCGAUCGGAAUCCAACUAUAGAAAAUUCCCGAAAUGUUGGUAUCAUGCAAAGUUUGGAGCUAAAGCAAAGCGAUGCGUAAAGCCUUGUGAUUAUAUUCGGUAA